AUGCGCCAAAAUACCAUGUCACGAGGAUCCGCUUCUUUGACUGGAUCAAGGAAUUUGUUUCAUUAUGCAGUUACUCAACGACAAGUUUCAAACAACUGGGCAUAUUCUCGAGGUGCCUUUGACGGAUGCUACAUUUACUUUACGGCUAAAAAUGUAUCUUCAAGCCAUGACUCCGUUGAAAUCUCUUUUUGUCCAUUGUGUGCAUCCUCUUCUAUGGGUAGUUUUGGAUGCUGUAUUGUCGAAAUAAAUCAGGGAACCAAAUUAUUUAUCCAGCUUGGUCAGUCUCCUGAUUUUGAGUUACUCAUUUCACUUGAUAUCAAUGGUCGGAUUCUCUUGCCCGACGGGGUGGGCAGAUAUGAUGCUAUCUACUAUUUCCAUCCCCGUCCUGCCUUGGAGGCUGCUUUUAUGGGAUGUAGACUACAUUACUAA